AUGUGUUGGAGGCUUCUGAAACACUCCUUGUCUUCUUUCCCCUUCUUCUUGUUGCACUCAUUUUCUGUAGUUGAUGGCAAUGCUUUCAUCUACGCUGAUUGCUCGCCGGGCAAGUUUGAGGCCAGCACCCCCUUCCAGGCCAACCUCAUCUCCCUCCUCUCCUCCAUCGCAACCUCCUCCGCCGAGCUAUCCUACAACAGCUUCGCCAUGAACAACAACGGGACUGCGCCACCCGAAGCAGCCGUCUACGGGCUCUACCAGUGCAGGAACGAUCUCAGCGUGGCCGACUGCGCCACCUGCGUCGUCAGCGCCGCCGGCCAGCUCCGCCUGAUCUGCGCCUACGCCUUCUCGGCGGCGCUGCAACUCGACGGCUGCCUCGUCCGCUACGGCAACGACAACUUCCUGGGCCGACCCGACACGACGCUGGUGCACAGGCGGUGCAACUCCGAUACGACGGCCGAUACGGAGUUCUUCCGGCGGAGGGACGACGUGCUGGGGGAUCUGCAGAACGGGGUGGGUUUCCGGGUGAGCAGCUCCGGCUCGGUGGAGGGCUACGGGCAAUGCCUGGGGGAUCUGUCCUCCGGCGACUGCGCCACCUGUCUCGCCGCCGCCGUCUCGCAGCUCAAGAACGCAUGCGGCUCGGCCCUCGCCGCCGAUGUUUUCCUGGGACAGUGCUACGCGAGGUACUGGGCCUCUGGUUACUACCCCAAUUCUUCCCAAGGUGGAUUCUCUCUCUCUCUCUCUCUCUAA